GUAUUGACGAUUGGGCGUCAAGCCGGGCGUUAAUUACUGAUUAGUUUAAAGCCCGAUUAACAAACCGGCAACGGGCUUAGAACGAAACGAAACGCCCGACGUACAACAACUUCCAACGCGCUCUCCAAAAACGCGUUAAAAAAAAAAACAACUAAAAAAUCUUAGAGGUACACGGAAAGAAAGUUUACUACAAACGUCAUUAUACAAGUGAAGAAUGUGAAAAUGUGUACGCGGUUUUCGAACUUAAUAUAAAAUGAAAUGCUGCCACGGCUUCCAUGAAUUGAAGUAGUAUCUUCUUACCGACUAAGGUAUCAACGUUUUUUCAGUUUUUUUUCCAGUGCAUUAAGAGAAGAGCUCAGUAGCUGAGAAGAGCUGAGGAGGCGGUACAGCAAACUGAACAGCGACACCGCAAAAAACACGCCGGAGAGACAAUAAAAGUCGACCAGCCGCCAAAAAGGCGCUCAUUGCGUGCGCUGUUUUCGCAACGGCAACGGAAAAUUAGCCACCGGGUUGCGGUGCGAGCGAGAUAGCGAGUGUACGGCAACGGAAUACGGAUUUUCGGUGUGCGGUAAAGUACGGAAAGUACGGGAAAGUACGGAAAACACGAGAACCGGAGGCAGGUGCACAGAGAACGGCGAACGGCGUAGGGACACAGGGAGCCAGGAUGCGACACGCAUUUGUUGGAUUAAUUGUGUGCUGGCUGGCAGUUUGUCAACCGCAAGCUGAGGCACAGUUCGGCGGCUUUGGAUUCCAGCCACAGCUGCAACAGGUAUUCCGCCAACCUCAGUUUCAACCGCAGGUGUUUCGCCAACCACAACCUUAUUACCAACAGCCCCAGCAGUUCCGCCAGCGGCAGGGAUCCGUUUCCAAGGCGAACACGAAUGCCUACGAGCGUCAGGUGGACUUUGGAAACAAUGUCGAGUACACCCAGGGUCUGUCCAAUUCACGAGCGGUUACCAGGCAGAAUGGCCAGCGGGUGGUGACCAACAGCCAGGCCCAGACGAGGGAUGUGGAGCUGGGCGGUCUGCAGCUGGGCAACACCCUGACCAAGACCAGGACGAAUGCCAAUGGCCAGGUGUCGCAGGGCAUUGCCGAUCAGUUCCGCAUCGGAAACGUGGGACUCGGCGCCUCACUGUCGCCCUCGAAUCUGCAGAAUGGUUUCGGACUGCAGCGCGGUGCCGACGGCGAUCUUCGCCUGGGCUUGGGUCUGCUCAACCUGGACCUCGACCGCAACGUGGCCAACUCGAACACCCUGUCGCAGGCGCAGGUUAAUGCCAAGGGCAAGGGCGCAAGGGCUGGAUCGAACAGCAACUCCCAGUCGAAUACCCAGCAGUUUGGCGGCAUCACCGUCACCGACACGCGCGCCAAUUCGAAUGCCUUUGGCAAGACGCGAAGGGGACAGACAUCGGCCAUCACCGGUGGCUUCGGCGGCAAUGCGGCCACCAAUGCCCAGAGCUUCGGUGGUCCCUUCCAGCGAGUGGUGCGCCAGAAUGGGCGGCCCAAGCGGAAGGCCCAGUUCGUACCGUUCGGUUAUCCUGGCGGUGGAUUCGGACCUGGCCCCGCUGGCUUGGGCUUCUUGGAAAGGUCGAGAAGGCAGUUUGGCCGGCCGGGCUUCGGUGGUCCAGGAUUUGGAGGAGAAUUCGGGGGAGGUCCUGGGUUUGGACGACCUGGUUUUGGCGGCCCUGGCUACGAGCAGGAGUUCUUCGAGCCCGAACGGCAGCAGCACAAGAACAAGGGCAACAGGAACCAGGCGCAUGGCAAUGCGAAUGCCCAAGGUGGCCCCGGCUUCCAGCAACAGGCCUCGUCCAAUAACCAUGUCAGUCCCGGCAACACGGGCAGCAGCUCCAUCAGCUCCAAUUUGGCCGAGGACGGCACCAGUGGCCAGGUGAGCUCGGCCAACACAAACACCCAUCAGGGCCAAACGGCGAACGGUGGCUACCAGAGUGACCAGAACUCGCAAAGCCAGGCGCUCAACUUCCGGCCGGGCCAGCAGCAGGCCUCCAGCGCGAAUGCGAACACCCAGCACACCCAGCAGGGCAACAGCGAUACCUAUUCCUCGAACAGCGGCUCCACCUCCACGAACAACAACCAGUUUGGCUCCGCAACGAACACGGCCAACACGAACACGCAGGUGGUGCGCGAUGGCAAUCGCCAGGAUGCGACCAGCGAUGCGAACAGCCAGAGCAUCUUCCAGGGCAACAGUGGCCGCGGAGACGCCUCCGCCCAGACGAAUGCGCAGACCAGCAGCCAGCGGGGUCCCGGAGGAUACAUCACAAACUCGGCAUCCAGCAGCGCCACCGCCACCGCCCAGAAUGGACAGUCGGCCAAUGCGAAUGCGAACGCGAAUGCGGGCGGAGGAGCAGGUGGUGCGGGUGCAGGAGCCAAUGCUGGCGGAUUCGGAGGCGCUGCUGGCGCCAAUUCUGGUGCCAAUAACCGUGGCGGCAGUGCUGGAGCGAAUGCCGGUGCCAAUGGUGGCUUCGGUGGCUUCGGUGGCUUCGGCGGCGGCGGCGGUGCCAAUGCGAACAGCAAUGCCUUUGGUGGCUACGACGGUUUCGGAUUCUACGGCCUUCGCCAACGUGCCCAGCAAAAGAUUCGCUUGCAGCGCUGGCAGCCACGCCCGUCCAACGGAACUUCAACCAGGAGCACCUCGACGAACGAGAACUUUGAGUAUGUGUACUUCAAUAGCUCCUCGUCCCGCCUCGAAGAUCUGCAGCCAGAAAAUGCCGAUAGCUCUGGCCGGGCUGUGGAUGUGGCUAGGCCACCGCUGAAUACAUCGGUGGACGAGUUCGGACCGUACGACAGCACACAGCGUCAGGGACGCACUUUCAGCUUGAUCAGCGACUGGAUCAGCGGACUCUUCAACUCCUGCGUCUCACCCUGCACCUUGGAGGCCUUCCAGAAGCAGUCCUGCUGCGAGACGUACGUGGUGGACCCCUCGUACCCGGCACCACCGCCUCCACCACCGCCACCACCUCCUGCACCACUACCACCACAGACUUGCUGUGUCCCGGUAAGACCACCAUACCCCCCGCCAGCGCGACCCCUGCCCCGUCCACCGCCACCACCACCGCCACCGCCGCCGGCACCACCCGUGCCCUACCCCUACCCGCCGAUCUAUCCCAACAAGAAGACGCCCGUGGUGGUGGUGGCCACGCCCAUCAACUGCUGCACAGUGUGCACCUUUACGUACUACGGACCACCGCCCUGUGGGCGGCUUUAUAACAACAGCAGCGGCGGCAGCGGCAGCGGCAGCGACGGCAAAAAGGUCACCAUCUACGUGCCACCACCCUACUAUGGUCGGUAA